CAUGAAAUCUACGCAUGGCCGCGACGCAAUCCUACGGCUAGGAUUAAUUGCGAGACGAUCAAAAUACCGUGCGCGAUAUUUUCGUGAUGACUACUAUAAAAGGGCACGAACGGAAGCCCGAGAGCAACCUGGGAUCUACACUUGAGCAUUGGCUCCGAGAGUUCGGCGCGCCGGCGACGCCGCCAUCGGUGAUCUACUUGAGAACUUUACUCUCGUACCGGCGAUAGCGAAAGAGCGUUGGUUGAAGGGGCCCUUUGAGGGUUUAGGAGGAUUUUUUUUUUGGAUAUACCAUGGUGCUUUCGAAGCUUGCAAUCGUCCUUGGAGCAGGUAUAAUUGGGACUGCGCUCCCAAUGGAUUGGCAAUUACUUGAUGUUACAAGACUUUUUUCUGGUGCUUUUAAGAUUGUCACUAUGCUUUCUCAACAAGAGAAAAAUGGCACCCGAUCCACAAGCAAGCCACAAUCAGAUUUUCUGUUAGCUGAGGUUAAUACUUUGAGGGAGCAGUUACAACUUUUGGGUAAAUCAACAUCAGUUACAGUCAUAACUGGUUCAGGAUCAGGUUCUGGAAGAUUUAGUGUUACAACUAUCAUUGUUAUUGGAGCUCUUGGAUACGUCAUCAUUUGGUGGAAGGGAUGGAAACUCUCAGAUAUGAUGUUCGUGACACAGCGAGGCUUCACUGAAUCUCGCAAUCGCAUUGGCCGACAGCUAGAUCUUCUAUCAUCGUCUAUUGGGGCUGCCAAGCGACACUUAACAUCAAAGAUUAAUCAGGUAGAUAAGAAAUUGCAGGAGUGCAAGGAGCUUACAGUUGCAACCAAAGAUGAGGUGGUAGAGCUACAUAAGGACCUGAAUUUGGCUCAUACGGAUUUGGAAGCUUUCCAGCGUGCUGUUCAGGAUCUGGAUACAAAGCUUGAACGGAUCGAAGGAACUCAGGAAAAGACAUCUACAGGAGUCUAUAAUCUUUGCAGAGUCGUCAAGCGCUUAGAGGAAGAAAGAAAUAAAAGACUCUUAGAGCAAGAGAGAAAUAGAAAGCUUGUAGAACAAAACAGAAAAAAGGAACUUAUUCAGACUAUCUCAUCGACACCUUUGUCCAUCAAACCUGCAUCAUCCUCAGAAUCAAAACCAGCAGCAUCAGCCUCAUCAUAUACAGCUCUCGAGAACCGUAGGGUUGUGCGUUCGACUACCAUUAUAUCUGUUUCAGGCCUAAAGGAAUUGGAGGGACUCACCAGCACAAUGAAACAAAGGGGCCCAAGAUCAACUACGGCCACCGAAGACACUCCGAAAGCUUCAAUCGGAACUACCACACAACUUGACUAUACUUCAAAAUCAACUAUGAUUACCGAAGAUACUCCUAAAGCUUCAAUCAGAACUACCACACAACUUGACUAUACUUCAAAAUCAACUAUGAUUACUGAAGAUACUCCUAAAGCUUCAAAUGGAACUACCCCCCAACGCCAUGAUACUUCAAAAUCAUCUAUGACCAUUGAAGAUGUUCCUAAAACUUCAUAUGGAACUACCACACAACGUCGUGAUACCGCACAACCUUCUGUUCGCGCUUCGUGGAAGUUUCCUUGGUAUUAAUAUUAUUGCAAAAGGCCUAAGUUUAGCUAAUUAGUGAGUAAUCGUGUGUAUCAUACAUCACCUUUAACUAAUCCUAAUUUUUUUU